AUGAUAUCCGAUGGGUUUGGCACAUCGUCAGAGACACUCGCACGCGACUUUAUUCGGUCUGAAAACGGCAUUGAAAACAGCUGGGUCAGCGUUCUUGACGGGUUGCUGGUCGGCUCCACACGCACAAGCUCCAACAGCUCGUUUGUAACCGACUCUGCUGCUGCUGCGACGGCAUUCUCAUGUGGGGUCAAGAGUUUUAACGGCGCUGUUGGCAUAACUACAGACAGCAAGCCAUGCGGAACUGUGCUCGAGGCCGCAAAGGCGAAGGGCUACAAGACUGGUUUGAUCACAACGGCCCGUAUCACCCACGCGACACCUGCCGCUUUUGCUGCACAUGUUGUCAAUCGCAACAUGGAGGAGCUGGUUGCGUUGCAAGAGAUCGGUAACAACACAAUCCAGAACAAGGUCGACCUGUUGUUCGGUGGCGGCAAGUGCCUGUUCCUGCCCAGCACCGAUGCCGGGAGUUGCCGCACGGAUGAUAUAGAUGUGUGGGGCAUAGCCAGAAGCAAUGGAUACACACAGAUAUCCAGCAAAGCUGAAUUUGACUCGCUCAAUGUCAACACCACCAAGCUACCACUGAUGGGUCUGUUCGCCAGCGAGCACAUGUCGUAUGAAAUUGACCGCAGUGCAGACCAAGAGCCCUCGUUGUCCGAAAUGGUUUACAAAGGGCUCAAUGUGCUAAACAGCAACAGCCAGAAUGGCCCUGGGUUCUUUGUCAUGAUCGAAGGCGCGCGUAUCGACAUGGCUGCCCACGACAACGACCCUGCUACUCACCUGCACGAGAUCGUUGCUUACUGGGAGACUGUCACCGCAGUGCACAAAUUCAUCGAUAUGCAUCCCGACACCGCCAUGGUGGCCACCUCGGACCAUGAGACCGGCGGGCUGACACUAGGAAUAGACCCGGACUAUGCGUGGUAUCCACGGGCUCUUGCCCCCGUAAAGCGGUCAGCAGCAUCGAUAUGUUCCGAUAUGAAGCAUGUUCCGGUACAGAACCGCGUGGAAUUUGUCUCUGGUAUCGUGUUUCCCUACCUCAUGGGCAUCAACGAUGCUUCUCAGGAAGAGAUACUGAGUAUCGUCAGGGCAUCAAGUAUGGAUUCGCAAAUAUGCCGUCGGUUCAUUGGCCAGGCCGUAUCUGCCCGCGCACACAUUGGCUGGACCACUGGAGGGCACACUGGAGGCGAUGUUGGACUUUACGCAUAUGGAGCUGGCACGAGCGAUUUGCGCGGCAGCUAUGAGAACGUGCAAAUCAGCGACUACAUGUCAAAGUACCUGGGGGUUGAUAUGGGCCCUGUAUCAAAGUUGCUGGCCAAUGAAGUCGUCAGGCAGCCUAAUUUCCCGUAUCAUCAGCGUGUAGAUGAUCUCUGA